GCGGGGACGAAUGCCUCUGUCCGCACUGUAUUUACUUCCGUCAAUAUUUCCAGCGCGGCAGGAGACGAGAGAAAGAGGCAGAGACGGAGGACACAACAAAGGAGUCGCUUGCCUUUUCAGGUGUUUGGAGCGGCAGCGACCCUGUCUGCUAAGAUGCCUUUCUUGGGAAAGGACUGGAGGUCGGCCAGGAUGGAGCUGGACAAAGACGGAGCAUCGGCUGGAAGAGGAUGGUCUUCUUUGGACACGAGUUGGAGGACAACAACAGAGAGAUAGACCUGAAAGAGCUCUGCAACGACAACAAUGACAAUCUGUUUGUCGGAGAUGUGUGCGAACUCGCCACCACCAAGAGGAAAAAGGACUUCUACAACAACAACACCAAAUCCCAGUUUGUUUUCAGGGAUAAAUGGAUCUAUGUGCAGAAAGGGAGCACAAAAGAACGACAUGGAUACUGCACGCUUGGUGAAGCUCUGAACCGUCUAGACUUUUCCAGUGCCAUCCAGGACCUGAGAAGGUUUAACUAUGUCGCAAAACUUUUUCAGCUGAUAGCCAGGUCUCAGCUGACUUCUUUGAGCGGAGCUGCUCAGAAAAACUACUUCAACAUACUGGAAAAGAUUGUACGAAAAGUCCUAGAGGACCACUACAAUCCUCGCCUUGUCAAGGAGCUUCUGCAGGACCUGAGCUCCACGCUGCACAGCCUGACCAUCCACGUUGGCAGAUGUGUCCUCGUGGGCAACGUCAACAUCUGGCUGUGUCGUCUGGAGACCAUCGUUAAAUGGCAGCAGGAGCUCAACAACAUGCAGAUCCCCAAGCAAAUGUGCACCGGUAUGUCGUUCAGUGACUUGCCGCUGCAUAUGCAGAACAAAAUCCUCUUGAAGUUGUCUGAUGCCUGUGACAUCAUCAACCUGGGACAGGCCACGCCCACAUUGCACAUCCUCAGUGAGAACAGGACACUGUGGAAGAAACUCUGCCACUUUCAUUUCUCGGGCAAACCGUUUUGUAACAAUUUGGUCUUAACCAAGAGUGGCAACGUGGACUGGAAGCUGAUGUACUUCAACCUGCAGAAACAUUACCCCAUGAGGGAGCAGUACGGAGACACGCUGCACUUCUGCAAACACUGUAGCAUCCUCUUCUGGAAGGAUCGCCAUCUGGCUUUGUUAUUCAAGGAUUUUGGCCACCCCUGCACGGCCAACGAUCCAGACAGCUGCCUGAUGCCAAUCUCCCCGCAGCACUUUAUCGACCUCUUCAAGUUCUAAACCCUCCACGUUGCUCUUCAAACUGAAGCGCCCACAUCAGGAGUGUUUACAAGACCUCGAUGUCGUUUACCCAAAAUACAAAAAGGGCUUCAACUGAGAGAAAGUUUUAUGUCUUUACUUUUGAGCGCACAAACAUUUUCCAUAAGACGUAGGAAAGGUUACAUGUGUGUGUUUGUUGAUUUUCAGAAUGUUGGUGAAAUAUAAAAGAAACUCUGUUUUUCCUCCUUCCGCACAAAUAUUUGUCUUCGUGACAAGAAAAGGAUUCUCCACACAGAGGGACUAGAAAAUAUUAUGUAAAUGCAAAAUGAGUAUUUUGAAAGGAUUUAUAUGUACAAAAAGUGUUAGCAUGUUUAUGGUAUCCAAGUGGUGAUAGGUUGUGAACAAAAAUGGUGAUCCUUUACAGAGAGGCAGAAAAAGACGACUCAUGUUCAGUAUUUAUUUAAUGGCGUUAAACUGCUUCUUGCUCUGUUCCGUUUUUGGUGGCAUUUUUCUGCAGUAACUGCAUGUCAUGUUUGGGUCUCUGUUUACGUACUCUAUGUCGUCCUUCGUGACCUCCUGCUCGACUCUGUGUACAUGGGAGCACUAAACAAAGAAUAAUAAUGUAAUGUAAAGCCUCCUUUAGCUGUUCAAGUUUUUCUACUUUUGUCAGAACUGUAAAGUGGCAGCAGGAGGAGAUGAAAAAACAAACCUUUUGUAUUCUUCUUUCAAUUUUUGUAAUAUUCCUUUACCUUUCCAAUACUCUUGAUGUUACUAUCAUGAAUUUUAUGGGUCAGGAACUAGAUAUACGAUGAUUAAAUAUUUCUAAAAACCUG